UGAGUCAGUCAGUCAGUCUCGAGACAUCGAGGUUUGUGCAUCGUUGAGGGAUUGUUGAAUUGGCUACUGUCUUCAAUUUUUUAAUAGUUAUCAUGAGUUUAAUUCUAUAAUUUUAAAAACGUUCAUUGUUGUUCUAUGUAUAAUUGUAAAAAUUGUAAGCGUGUGUUUUAUUUUUAAUUACUUAACCAUAUCGUUACGUGCUUCGAAGACGCGGAAUAUAGAAGUUGAGUUACUCUUGUUUCUGACUCGAGGAUAAAGUUGAUGGUCUAUACAGUUGUUAAACAUAUACUCCUAAAGUUAUGGUCGUCUCUUUUUGACCGACUUCUCUCGUAUUGCUAGUUCAAUAAUGUAAGAACGCGCGUUAUUUGAAAUAUAUUUGAUCAUAUCUUUAAAAUCCUCAUUGUAAUAUCUUUAAGAUAAAACGAUCUUAUCAAAUUGAAUUUAAUAAUAAGAAUUAUGAUAUUUAAAGAUUUGUUAAAAUUGAAUAUAUGUAAAUAAAUGCCUAUAAAUUUAUAUUUUUCUAUAAUUAAAAAAAUUAAUAAAAUUCAUGUGCCAAAGAAAUGUGUAAUAUGUUCCAAUAUAAAAAUAAAUAUUUUUAAACUUAUAAUUAUAUAUAAUAAGUAAUAUUUUAUAUCCUUAAAUAUAACAAAAUAAAAUUCACCACAUUUUUUGUGAUUAAGAAAAGGCAAUGAAAGAAUUUGUAUACUUAUGCAAUAAAAAGCGAGAAUACAAGAUUACGAAAAAGUCAAUUCGUUUAAAUAAAUAUCGAUAAAAUUAAAUAAAUAUCAUAAAAAAAAAGAAAAAAAAGAUAAAAGAUUUAUUUAAAUUUUAACAAAUUCAAUAUAAAAGUUCUAAAAAAGAUAUAAAAUGAAGCUCGAAGGAAAUUGUUCGAAUGAAGAUAAUACUAAUGAAAUAUUAUUACAACCUAGAAAAGGUUCUGGUUCUCGUUUGCAAAUUAUACCUGCACAACACAAAACGAUUACUCAUUUGCCGAAAAGACCACCGGUUGACUUAGCAUUCACCGAUUUAACGUACAAAGUACGAGAAGGUAACAAAAAUAAUGCAAAAAUAAUUUUAAAAUCUGUCAGUGGAAGAUUACGAUCUGGAGAACUGACAGCUAUUAUGGGGCCUUCCGGUGCAGGAAAAUCUACUCUUUUAAACAUUCUGACCGGAUACAAAUCAACAGGUACUGAAGGAAGUGUUACAAUGAAUGGUCAUGAAAGGGAUCUUAGUGCCUUUAGAAAAUUAUCAUGCUAUAUAAUGCAAGAUAAUCAACUUCAUGCGAAUUUAACAGUGGCUGAAGCCAUGAAAGUCGCUGCAAAUCUUAAACUUGGAUCGCAUGUUAACAAAACAGAAAAAGAAGAAGUGAUUCAAGAGAUUUUAGAAACACUUGGUUUAUCCGAGCAUCGUCAAACUAUGACAUCGAAUUUGAGCGGUGGGCAAAAAAAAAGACUUUCUAUUGCUCUUGAAUUGGUCAAUAAUCCUCCGAUAAUGUUUUUUGACGAACCUACUAGUGGUUUAGACUCUUCGUCUUGUUUUCAAUGCAUCUUGCUCUUAAAGACUUUAGCUCGAGGCGGAAGAACGAUAAUAUGUACUAUUCAUCAACCUAGCGCUAGACUUUUUGAAAUGUUCGAUACGUUAUAUACAUUAGCUGAAGGACAAUGUGUGUAUCAGGGAUCUACAUCACAAUUAGUACCAUUUCUUAGAAAUAUUGGGCUCAACUGUCCAAGUUAUCACAAUCCAGCCUCUUUCAUCAUUGAAGUAUCUUGUGGAGAAUAUGGAGAUAAUAUCAAAAAUUUGGUAAAUGCUAUAAAGAACGGAAAAUAUGAUAUUCGAGAAGGAUAUCCAUUUCCUGAAAAUAAAUUGGAAGAACUCAAUAAUUUACCUGAUUCGUUUUCGAAAAAUGAAGAAGAUGGAAAAAAUACUGAAAGAAAAGAUAAAAAUGAUGUGAGUAAUUUGAAAGAAAAGUUUGAAGAGGAUAAAGUAAAAAAAGAAAUUAAUAAUAAAGGAAUUAUUUCAUCUUACGCAAGUAAUGAUAUCGCAAAACAAGAUGUAGUAAUACCAAUUGAUAUGGAAAAGAAGGAUAACGCAGAUGUGGCUUUACUCGAUGAAUCAAUUAUAGUCACUCCAGAGAGAUAUCCCACAUCGGAAUAUCAACAAUUCUGGAUUGUUUUAAAACGAACUUUACUUUUCAGUCGUAGAGAUUGGACACUUAUGUAUCUUCGACUCUUUGCUCAUAUUCUAGUAGGAUUAUUGAUUGGCGCACUUUAUUAUGAUAUUGGAAAUGACGGUGCUAAAGUACUUAGCAACCUUGGAUUUCUAUUCUUUAAUAUGUUGUUUCUUAUGUAUACAUCAAUGACUAUUACAAUCUUAUCUUUUCCACUAGAAUUGCCAGUACUCCUGAAAGAAAAUUUUAAUAGAUGGUAUUCUCUUAAGGCUUAUUAUUUAGCAAUUACUGUAUCAGAUAUACCAUUUCAGGCAGUAUUUUGUGUUAUAUAUGUCACAAUUGUAUACUUCAUGACAAGUCAACCAACAGAUAUUAUGCGAUUCAGUAUGUUCUUGGGAACAUGUUUACUAAUUUCUUUUGUAGCGCAAUCGGUUGGAUUGGUAGUUGGAGCAGCAAUGAACGUACAAAAUGGUGUAUUUUUAGCACCAGUUAUGUCCGUACCAUUUCUCUUAUUCUCUGGCUUUUUCGUUAGUUUUGAUGCCAUUCCUGUAUAUCUUAGAUGGAUUACUUAUCUAAGCUAUAUUAGAUAUGGCUUUGAAGGAACUGCUCUUGCUACAUAUUCUUUUGGUCGAGAAAAACUUAAAUGUUUCCAGGUAUACUGCCACUUUAAAAACCCAGAAACAACAUUGGAGGAACUAGACAUGCUCGAUGCUGAUUUCACUCUCGAUAUUCUUGCCUUGCUUUUGAUAUUUGUUGUUCUUCGAAUCGCUGCCUAUUUAUUCCUUCGUUGGAAAUUAAAGACUGCAUCAAUCAUGCUUACAAAAUCGGAAUUGAAGGCAAAACAAAGCAACGAUGGAAUGGAUAACAUCUCAUUAUCAUUAUUAAAUUCCAAAAAAAUGGCCUCUAUUAACAUCGAAUUUAAUGACUUAACUUAUACAAUACCUUAUGGUAGAAAAGGUAAAAAAGUGAUAUUAAAGGGAAUUAGUGGACAAUUCAAAUCUGGACAUUUAACGGCUAUAUUGGGCCCUUCAGGCGCCGGAAAAUCCACCUUAUUAAAUAUUCUUGCGGGAUACAAAACAAUUGGCCGCGUAACAGGACAAAUAAAUAUUAAUGGACAAAAACAAGACGUGGAACACUUUAAAAAAGCGUCAUGUUACAUCAUGCAAGAAGACCUUCUUCAACCAUGGCUCACGAUACAAGAAACAAUGCAAUUUGCUGCGGACUUAAAACUUGGCAAGAAUAUUUCUCAAAAAAUGAAAUUAAAUACUAUAGAAGAAAUUUUAAAUAUUUUACGGUUACAUCAUGCGAGGCACACAAGUACUGAGCAUCUAUCGGGUGGCGAGAAAAAAAGACUCUCGAUAGCUUUAGAACUCAUAAAUAAUCCACCAGUUAUAUUUCUCGACGAACCAACUACAGGAUUAGAUCAAAUAUCUGCUGCGCAAUGUAUCGAACUUUUAAAAUCUUUAGUACGAUUAGGAAGAACUGUAAUUUGUUCCCUUCAUACUCCAAGUGCAAGCAUCUUCUCGAAAUUCGAUCAUGUUUAUGUUUUAACUGCCAAUGGACAAUGUGUUUAUAGAAGUACUACGCGUAACUUGGUACCAUUCAUGCGACAAAUUGGUAUCGAAUGUCCGCAGCAUUACAAUCCUGCUGAUUUUGUGUUAGAAGUGUCAGCGGGUGAUUAUGGUUCAGAAUGGAUAAAUCGAAUGGUAAAUGCUGUAAACACAGAAUUUCCUAUUAUUCCUAUCUCUCAACAAACGAGUUUCGAAUUUCAAAUCAAUGCGAUAAUAUCAAAAGUAUCUUGGUUUGAACAAUUUGUCAUUCUAUCGAAAAGAAGGUUUUUACAGUUACGUAGAAAUAAGGAUUAUAUAUAUUUAAAAAUAUGUUUACAUAUAUUCGUUGGCUUCAUUAUCGGCGGUUUAUUUGUAAAUAUUGGAAAUGACGGAUCGAAAAUCAUAUAUAACAUUGGUUUCUGUUUAGCUUGUUUAAUAUUUUUACUUUAUGUACCAAUGUUACCGAUAUUAAUGCAUUUUCCCAAAGAAGUGAAAUUGAUAAAACGAGAAUAUUUUAAUAUGUGGUAUGAUUUGAGUCCUUAUUAUUGUGCGUUGAUCAUAAUCAACAUACUUACACAGAUGAUAGUAUCAUCGAUAUAUUUAUCAAUAGUAUAUGUAAUAACAGAUCAACCUCUGGAGUUUUUUAGAUGCGCUAUGUUUUAUAGCACUGGUUUAAUAUGCUCGUUUAUAGCAGAAAGUAUAGCAUUAGCUAUAGCCAGCAUAUUGAACAUCGUGAAUGGCAUAUUUGUCGGGCCUGCAAUUUCUGUCCCCUUAAUGUUGGUUGCUGUACAAGGAAUUGGCGAAACAAAAACUUUACCUCUUUAUCGACAAUUGAUAAUGUAUCUAAGCUAUAUUCGCUAUGGUUUAGAAGGUCUUAUAAGUGCCUUAUAUGGUUACAAUAGAGGAAAAUUAUAUUGUCCAGCUACAGAAAUGCUAUGUAUAUUCGGAACACCUCGACAACUUUUACAAAUAAUGCGUAUAGAUCAUGUGGCUUUUUGGGUUGAUUUUACUGCGUUAAUAAUUAUCUUCAUGUUUUUACAAAUUCUUACUUAUUAUUUACUCAGACAACGACUUAAACCGAACAAAAUGUUCCAAACAUUUUUUCUAAUUAAAAUGAUAAUAAAAAACCAUUUUAACAUUAUUAAUUAAAACUUUUAAACUUAACAGUUUUAUUUUUUGUAAUAGAUUUAUUAUUUUUCAAAAUAUUAAUUUUGAAAAAGAGAAUAAUUGAUUUUUUACAAUCUAUUUCUGAAUAUAAUAAAAAUUAUAAUAAUAUAAAAUUCUUGAAGAAAAUCCAUUUCUUUGAAAUGAUAUGAAAUGUAAUCAAGUAAUAAGAUAUAUAUAUAUAUACACACACACAUAUACAUAUGCAUAUACAUAUACAUAUUCAUAUACAUACAUAUACAUAUAUAUAUAUAGGACAAAAUUAGUAUAUAAAAAUUUAUUCUAUUGAAAUAUAUUUUCAAAUUAUAAGUAAUUUAAUUUUGCAUUAAAUUAGGAGAGAUGGGGAUAAAAUGUGAUUACAUAGACUUGAUAAAAUAAAAAGAUACGAACUUACAUGGACGAAUUGAAAUAGAGAGAUAUAAUUAUCUUAUUCUAUUUUUGCUAUCUCAUUUCAUCUCUGUUUCGCAAAUUGCUUGUAAUUUAAUAAAGAAAUCUCAAUCAGCA